GGGUUGGGGGUAGUGCAUUUGAAAAAAUACACCUUGUUCUGGGAUAUGGCACUUUGACAACUUUCCCCCUGCUCUUUCCAUGGACGCCCUAGGUGCAUUGGAAAGAAAGGUGAUAUAUACAGAAGCGUCCAGUAUUUAUGAAGCUAUACGACUCAAUCAAAAGGUUAUCUUACUGGAUUCGCGUUCGUUUAUGGUAUAUAAUACCAGUCACAUACAUACUGCUAUAAAUAUAGGUGGUAACAGGGCAUUUCAGAGAAAGUUUUCUCAAAAUCAGGUUGGUAGUUUACGUAUAUCCAGACAUCUUCGAAUAAAGGUCCCGUUAGAUUUACUUUUAUGUAAACUGACAAACUUGGAAAACCCUACAGAGUUAAGAAAGUUACCAAUUGUUGUCUACGAUGAGUUUAUCGAUUCUGUAUUGAACCUAAUACCUGGAUGCUUCUUGUUUUCUUUAUUGACGCAAUUGACUCUAAAAUUUCCAGUCGUCUUUCUCCUUAAAGGAGGAUUUUUGGGGUUUCAAGCAUCAUUUCCAGAAUUAUGCUGGAUUAAUACAGAAAAAGUUGCGGGUGAAGAUUUUGCUGAAUAUCACCAGUGUGACUGCCGAUUAGAACAAAUACUAGAUGCCUGCUUAGGUUAUUCAUCUUCUAGUGACUUUUCUAAAAUCUCGGCAUCCGAAUAUGACAUUUUAUCUGCAUCGGCUACGUCCACUCAUGCAACUUCUAUUUCAUCAAUAUCCUCAAUUUCAUCGAAGUCUACUCCAUCUUCUUUCCAAAUUCCAUCGAAGGAACAGUUUUCAGGUGGGAUUUCCAGAACAUUAAGGUAUAACCUCUGUUUUGUACCUCCAUUUGUUUCUAGAUCAGUAAAUUUUUACUUUGUUGAAAAUUUCGUUCAACCAUUAAUUUCGAUUAACGAUCUCAUUAUAAACAAUAAUAUGGAUCUUUUUAUUUGUUUAUAAAAGCAUUUCAGGCCUUAUUAAACAGACCAAAAUGUCGGCCAUUUGUAUGCUCCUAAUAAUACAGAUCUUCAUUCUCUUUCACUGAAAAUUAUGCAACAUUUGUCUUUUUUUCCAUGCAAUCUCUUAUUUUUGAUAACCAUGUCAAUUUCUUGUCAACCCAACCAUUUAUUUUACGAAAAAUUUAGUUGGAGUAUAAUAUUUCAGCUUCUCAAGACUCAUUAAUGACACAGCAGUUAGUGUUUUAUCUAUUAUUUUAGUUUGGGCCGGAAUCACGUGAUUGAUUGCAUCAAACUAGAUCACCAAAUUAUUGGUUGGGUGUAAGAGAUUAGAUUAAGUGGCGUAUUCGCAUCAUACGAACCACUACGUUUCAGUUAUACAUACCUAUCUGAUAAUCAUACUACUCAGGAUAUCAAAAUAUUAGGCAAUAUUAAGUAGUUAAAUCAUGAAUCAACAUUUUAGUCUGUCGAUUAAUGAGUUGAAAACCUCUCUACUCCAGGUUUUGAUCGUUAUCGUUACUUAAUUUAAUGAAUAAAUUAGUCAAUAUUACUUUUAUACGUAGUAAUGGCUCUUCUCCGUUAUAGGUUCGGUGUAAUCUGAUAUUCCUGGGGCUCAAUGAGAUCUAAAGUACUGACAGAGCAGUCGAGUUUGUUGUAAAUUCGUUUGUUAUUAAUAGAAUCCUUUCUGAUUUCCAUUUCCAUCCACUUGAUCACAUUAUAUUGUUGUAUCUUUUAUACUUUUGGUAUUUCGAUUUUCUUACAUCUCUUUUCAUAUCUUAUCAGGGAAUUUAUCAAUCGAUUUAGUAAAACCUGUGCCACCAAUACUUUUUUCAACUCUGUCCCCAUACUGUGUGCAGAAAUCGUCUCUAAAGUACUCGUUGCUUUUAAGUUAUGUGCAUUGAUUCCAAAACAUUAAAAUUCCAUAGCAUCAGACGUAUUAAGUUUUUUUUUUAUUUUGAGAAUAUACGUUAGUUCAUUCGAAGAAAUUUAUUUUCAGUUAACAGUAAAUUUAUAUCAGUCAGGAAACUCAACAUCAGUUUUAAUCAUUUCGACUUCCAUGGUUUUAGUUUUAUCAACGAAAACAAACAAUGCUUUUUAUCACUUUAUUUCCAAAUAAUUUUAGUCCUGAUGUACCUGUGGAUAAUCGUUCAAGAUCGAUUAUAGAAAUGAAAGUUGAUAAUACUGGUAGUACAUUAACUCGUCCGUCUCCAAUUCUGCCACAUUUAAUAUUAGGAAGUCAGGAAGAUGCUAAUUCUUCAACUAUUUGUAAACGUUAUGGAAUUACUCAUAUUCUUAAUGUAUCUCUUGAAGGCAGUAUUCCUUCACAUAUUCCCAGUCAAAAUUUUUAUCAAAUUCCUGUGAACGACAAUUAUACUGAUCUCAUGACACCAUACUUCAAAGAUGCUUUUGCAUUUAUUGAGUCUGCUAAAGCAGCCCAUGGACGAGUUUUGAUUCAUUGUUCAGCUGGAAUAUCUCGGUCACCUACUCUAGCAAUUGCCUAUCUUAUGUAUUCAUGUCGAAUGAAAAUGCAUGAAGCAUACGAUGUUGUUAAAUCUGGACGAAACAGCGUUGCUCCUAAUUUUAAUUUUCUUGGACAGUUGUUGGAGUUUGAGCAUCAACUUCAUGAUUCUGGUUGUAGUGAAGCUUCCGUUCCAAUCGAUAGCACUCCGACUUUUGACAGCCCUGCUAGUUCGUGUUCAAUUCUAAGCAUGUCCGCAGAGAUGCAAAGCUCUUCUAUGUUAAAGUCUGGUCUUCAUUCGUCAUCAUUAUCACUAAAUUUAACUCCAACAUCUCCGAAGGUAUUAUCUAAGAAACGGGAAAGACCAACAUACCUUGGUUUGGAGGCUACUUCAUCUUUUGCAGGAGUUUUAGGAGGAUCUGUUGGAAAAAGUUCGCUACACUGUGGGGAGUCGGUUAGACCAAUUCCUGAGUCUGGAAUAAGCCCAACUGAAGAAAAACGUAGCAGAGUUUCAGCGUUAUUGUCACCUACUCAAUCUUCUAAUCCAUUAUUACCGUCUCCAUGCACUGGUUUGUCUAAGCUAGAGAUAUCUUCACCCUUAGAAGAGUAUCGAUCUUUACUUUCUGUUUCUCGUGCUCCAUCGUCUUUUGUUCCUGGACAUGUGCUUCCGGGUCCUGAAUCUGCCAUACAGAUGCUUAAAUUCAAACCUUUUCUUUCAUCUUAUACAAGUUUACAAACUUUGAAAUUUGAACCAUGCUCAACUGUUAUGCCACCACAUCCCAUCCAAUUAACCACUACACUUUCACCAGCUAGUAUUCUUAGACUUCGUCGUUCAUCAUCGACAGUUGGUACCGCAAGACCAACUUUGCUUGCUCAGCGUCGUCUUUCUUCACAUGCAAGCGCACCACCGACCCCAAGGCCAGUAUCUACCGACGGAAGUCAUCCAGUUUAUCGUAGUAUUUUGCAUGCACAUGGAGCAUUUCGUUUACCAAGUAACUUGCCAUCAACUAGUUCAUCUAGAGUGAGAGAGCUUAGUCCUUCCACCCCAAUAUCUCAAGAACCAAAGCUUGAAUACGAACAGCUGCAGAAGUGUAAUGCGAAUGUUGUUGGGAAUGAAUCAUUUAAAAGCCAGGUUUCUCCCACAGGUUGUUCAAAAUUUCUUUCAUAUUGUCGAAAACCUAGUCUACCUGUUAAUUUAUUGCGCUCACAUAGCAAUGAAAGCUUAAACAGAAGCUACAUAAAAAGCGACAAAUUUCAGGGUUGUCUCAUUUCAUCAUCUAGAUGUUUCAAUACAUCUAAUCUCAGUCGUAGUGCCCCAUCACAACGUGAUAUAGAUCUAGUCUUUUUUGGGGAUCAGGGUUAUUCGAAUAAUUCCUCUCAUAUCUUUUCUCUACGCAGGUCUUUACCUGUUCCCGGUGAGCUUACUUCAUCGUCUCCAAUGGAUUCAAAGAGAUUCGACCCUGGACAGUUGUCAACUAACCUAAAAAUAACCAAUAUUGCUACAACCAUGCGGUUAAUACCAAAAGGUACUAGUGUGGAUACUUCUUGUCGACUUCAACAACAAUCCUUUGUGCAAUCAUCUGGUAGUAGCAGUCCAUCACCAUCGGCUAGCCAUAAUUCACCACAUAACAGUAGUAGUUAUAGUCUAUUCCCAAUUUCUUAAGGAGCAUUUUGUCAACAGUAUUUCCUUCCUUGCUUUUUUCUACGAUCAACAUUUAAAAAACUAGUUUGGUUGGUUCAUUUUCUUUUUUUGCUAAGUAUUUGUAAAUAAAUUUAGUGCAUUUACCGACUAGAACUAAAUCUGUUUGUAUAACGACUAAUAUUACUGCGAUUAAUAACAGCCUUGACUUGUUUUGCUAUCCAGGUUUUUUAAAGGCUUAUGCAUAGUGACUGUUUACCACUCUGAUUUUAAGCCUUUUAUUAGGGUGUUAUCGUGCCAAUUUGUCUUGUUUUUUUUCAGUGUUCUCUCCCCACUUUGUUUUCCUUCUUUCCUCAAUGCUUCACCUAUUUAUUUUGUCCGAAUAAUUGAUUACAUGCAUUUUACAACUUUGUUUAUACCUUAAACAUUCCAUCAUUUUAAGUACUACAAUAGUAUCCUUACUGGCUUAGUUAAAAGUGUUCUGGUUGAACAAUUGUUAUAUAUAUGUACAUGGAAAAAUAAACGCACAAAUAAUUCACUUGUGCCUUACAUAAUAUUUUAAUAGUUUACUUGACUGUAAAUAUCCCUAACAUUUUUUUCUUUUAAUGUGUACACAUAGGGAAGAACCAGUUUCUUUUUUAAACUUUUUUUUAUUGUACGUCGAACAUUUGUCUUACACUACCUACCUACUUAUGUACAUGUAUGCUAUAUAUACUGUAUUUGUUCUAGGGAUUUUUCGAAUUAAAUCAAUUUGUUUUUUAC